GUCAACAUCGUCGCUCAGUCAGUUUAGUCGGUUUUAGUUCUGUUGGAGUGUAGAGCAGCAUUCGUUCGCAGCAGCAAAGCGCGAAGUGUAGACACAGAAAAAAAUUGUACAGCAAAAUAAAACAAAAUGUCCAAUCUGAAGCGUUUCGAUGACGAGGAGCAUGAGUCCAAAUAUGGACGUGUCUACGCUGUCUCCGGUCCUGUCGUCACGGCGGAGUGCAUGUCUGGCUCUGCUAUGUACGAGUUGGUGCGCGUCGGCUACUACGAACUGGUGGGCGAGAUUAUUCGUCUGGAGGGUGACAUGGCCACCAUUCAGGUGUACGAGGAAACCUCGGGCGUCACAGUCGGUGAUCCCGUGUUACGUACUGGCAAGCCCCUGUCAGUAGAGUUGGGCCCCGGUAUUAUGGGCAGCAUUUUCGACGGUAUUCAGCGUCCACUGAAGGACAUCAACGAGUUGACCCAGUCCAUUUACAUACCCAAAGGCGUGAACGUGCCCUGUUUGUCGCGUACUCAGUCCUGGGAGUUUAACCCACUGCACGUGAAAGUUGGCUCCCACAUUACCGGUGGUGAUCUGUACGGUCUGGUGCACGAGAACACUCUGGUGAAGCACAAGAUGAUUGUGAAUCCUCGCGGCAAGGGUACCGUGCGUUAUAUUGCGCCCCCUGGCAAUUACAAGGUCGAUGAUGUUGUCCUGGAGACGGAGUUUGAUGGUGAGAUCACCAAGCACACUAUGUUGCAAGUGUGGCCCGUGCGUCAGCCACGUCCAGUCACUGAGAAACUUCCCGCCAAUCACCCACUGUUGACCGGUCAGCGUGUGCUCGAUUCCCUCUUCCCCUGCGUCCAAGGUGGUACCACUGCUAUUCCCGGUGCUUUCGGUUGCGGCAAGACUGUCAUCUCACAGGCCCUUUCCAAGUACUCCAACUCCGAUGUUAUCAUCUAUGUCGGUUGCGGUGAGCGUGGUAACGAAAUGUCUGAAGUAUUGCGUGAUUUCCCCGAACUGUCUGUCGAAAUCGAUGGUGUGACCGAGUCCAUCAUGAAGCGUACCGCCCUGGUCGCUAACACAUCUAACAUGCCUGUCGCUGCUCGUGAAGCUUCCAUUUACACAGGCAUCACCCUCUCCGAAUACUUCCGUGAUAUGGGUUACAACGUGUCCAUGAUGGCUGAUUCCACCUCCCGUUGGGCCGAAGCCUUGCGUGAAAUUUCAGGUCGUCUCGCUGAAAUGCCUGCCGAUUCCGGCUACCCCGCCUAUCUGGGUGCACGUCUGGCCUCCUUCUACGAGCGUGCCGGUCGCGUUAAGUGCUUGGGUAAUCCCGAACGUGAGGGCUCUGUCUCUAUUGUCGGUGCUGUAUCACCACCUGGUGGUGAUUUCUCCGAUCCCGUCACCUCCGCUACCCUCGGUAUUGUCCAAGUGUUCUGGGGUUUGGACAAGAAGUUGGCCCAGCGCAAGCAUUUCCCCUCCAUUAACUGGCUCAUCUCCUAUUCGAAGUACAUGCGUGCUUUGGAUGAUUUUUAUGACAAGAACUUCCCCGAGUUUGUGCCACUGCGUACCAAGGUCAAAGAGAUUCUGCAAGAGGAAGAGGAUUUGUCUGAAAUUGUGCAAUUGGUCGGCAAGGCAUCGCUGGCUGAAACCGACAAGAUCACACUUGAGGUGGCCAAGCUGCUUAAGGACGAUUUCUUGCAACAGAACUCGUACUCUUCAUACGAUCGUUUCUGCCCCUUCUACAAGACCGUCGGUAUGCUAAAGAACAUUAUUGAUUUCUACGACUUGGCGCGCCACUCCGUUGAGUCAACGGCUCAGUCUGAGAACAAGAUCACCUGGAACGUCAUACGUGAGGCUAUGGGCAAUAUUAUGUACCAGUUGUCUUCAAUGAAAUUCAAGGACCCCGUCAAGGAUGGUGAGGCCAAGAUCAAGGCUGACUUUGAGCAGUUGCACGAAGACCUGCAGCAGGCCUUCAGAAAUCUGGAGGAUUAGAGCACACAAUUGCUUUAAUUUAACACUAAUCUUAUAUUUGUUAUAUAGUUAACUUUUAAAAUGGCAAAAAACGUACACUGUGUACUAUUCCGUCAAAAUUCCGUGCGAGAAAAUUCCAAGCUUUGAGCUUACAAAUACCGUUAACAUUCCAAGCCAUCCAUUUUUGUUUGGUUUGCCAUCCGAAGCGUGAGAAUUGAACUAACAUUCCCGGUCUCUACUCGUGCUUCGUUCACGGCCAACAAGUAACUAACGUCCUUCUAUGUACUUCCAUUACACAUACACAUAUACAUACAUAUAUACGUAUACGUCGUAUACACACAACAAGCCGCACAUAAAGACACAGUUAUAAACGCACACAUAAAUAGUAUUAUUGUUUAAUGAAUGGAAAUUCCUGAUUAUUUGUCGAAAGUCAUUUUUGUUCUCCUUGUUUGUUUGUUAAAUUUAUGUAAAUAUUUAAAGAAUGAUGAAAUAUUAAAUGUACGAAUAAAGUGCAAACAAUAAAAACAAUCAAUACAUUUCAUGUAA